AUGUCCAUACCGGUCCUCAAGAAAAUCAUCAUCGCCGGCGCUACUGGCUCAGUCGGAGCUCCCAUCCUCACCGCUCUACUCAACGAGCCCUCUCUGGAUACCACCAUCCUCACACGUGCUAGCUCUUCAGCAAAGUUCCCUGCCGGCGUCCCCGUCAAAACAAUCUCCGACGCAUACACAGUCGAGGAAUUGACAGAAGCCUUCAGAGGCCAAGAUGCCGUCGUCGUGGCUCUCAGUACCGGCCCCGUGACAAAGGACGACCUCGCCUUCCGAAUCAUCGACGCUGCCAUUGCCGCAGGCGUCAAGAGAUUCGUCCCCUCGGAGUUUGGCGCAGACAACCUCGAUCCCCGCGCAAGAAAAUUGGUGCCCAUCUACGAUGCCAAGGGCAAGAUGCUGGAGUACCUGAAUAAGAGAGCCAACGAGUCCAACGGGAGCUUCACCUGGACGAGCUUCGCCUGCGGUUCGUGGUUGGACUGGGCCCUCAAUCCCGCAAAAAGCGGCAACUUCCUGGGCAUAGAUGUCAAGAACUGCAAAGCCACCGUCUGGGACUCGGGCGACUCCAAAUUCAGCAUCACCACCUCGAGCAACACGGGCCUGGCUGUCGUGCGUGCUCUCCUCAAGCCCGCAGAGACCGCCAACCAGCAAAUCUUCCUUACCGACUUCGUCACCAGCUCCAAUGAAAUCAUCUCUAGCUUGGAAAAACGGACGGGCGAGAAGUUCGCCGUCGAGAAGAAAGAGUCCGGGCCGGAACUGAUUGCGCUGAGGAAGAAGUACGAUGAGGGCGACUUCAAUGCGGCUUUUGGUCUGCUUGCUCUCAGCUUCGUCGCGGAUGUGGAUGUGGGCUACGAUUUCCCCAAGGAGCGCAAGAUUUGGAAUGGUCAGCUUGGCUUGCCGGAGCAGUCGCUGGAUGAGGUUGUGAAGGAGGCUGUUGAGCUUGCGAAUCGGUCUUAG